AGUACCAUCAAAAUCCACUAUUUUUAACGCCGUUCAGAAUGCAUCAAACCUAAAACUAGUCAUGGUCGAAUAAUUAAAUAAUCAAAAUUUGGGAAUCUCGUAAAAUUUUAUAUCAAAACUAUCAACUUUACGUAAUAUCGAAGAGUUUUCCUGACCAGCUGACUUGUAACCAAGUGGUAGGCCUGCAAUACACGGGUCGUACACAUCAGCGUUUGGGGAAACCGCUGACGGUGAUUCCGUCGAAAGGAAAGGCGAUUUGAAACAAGAACCAGAAAUAUUCAUAUAUCACCACAGCAAUGGACUAAAAGUGAGUUAUUUAAUGUAAUAUUGCCAAAAUGCGUUGUGUAAAGUGACAUCUAGUGUGGAUUUCAUUGCGACGUGGAUAAUAUGAGGAGAUAACUCUAAAGACAAAACACCAUGUGUGCGUAACUGGUUUCAACAUAAUGCCAAGGAAACCUACGAAUCAAUCCCAAUCGUUUUUUGAUGAAUUUGAUGCAAGAUCGUAUCGACAUUUAGUGAAUAGAGGACAAGACAUUCCAGGACACCAUGGUCCAUCUCAGCCAUCACAAACUCAACAAUCUCAGUCUUCAAGUUCCGGCAAAAAGCGGAAGAAACAAAAGCAGAAAUCCCAUAAAAAAUCGAAAGAAAAGAGCGAAAGGCAUUCUCAGGAAAAUUUACGGAUACCACUGGAAUUGAAAAAUAAAUCAAUUGUAGCGUAUGAUGACAUUAGUUCAGACUCUGACAUUUCCAAUAAUGGACCAGCUUCGCCUGUAAAUCGUGUUCAUAGUAAUAAUAGUAGUAGGGAUGCAUCGAAAAGGUCCAUGUCUCCUGGGUCCAACAUGAGGGGAUAUUUACCUGAAAGGAGCCCGAGUAUGUCUCCAAAUAACAUACGUGAACCGUCUAGUCCAUCACAUCCGCCCAUGCGAAGUUCAAGCAGGAAACACCAAAAGAAAAGACCACUGUCGCCACAAGAACUCCAAGUGCCAAAGGACCAUCCAAAAAACUAUUCUGGUGGCAACAGUGUUCCUACACCAAAGGCAUAUAAUAUGCCCCCGAAAGCUUAUAAUCCACCCAAGGCGUAUGCUGAUCCACCACGUGCUUAUAGUGGAUCAUUUAAUAGAGACCAUAGUCCUUUGGAAAGUCCACGAAAACGCUACAGAUCUCGUUCACCAAGUCCGGCAUAUAUGGCGAGGAAAAAAAACAGUGCUCACUACAAAGACAAAUACUCCAGACAUGAAAAAUAUAAAAAUAGGUCAAAAUCAAGAUCACCAAGUCCUCGAAGUCGAUCUCGGAGGGAUCAGUCUCGAUCACGAAAUCGACACUCUCGUUCAAGACAUUCUCGUUCACCUGUUGAGCAUAGUCCUCCAAGAGGACAUUCCUAUUCUUCUAGCAAUAAAAUAAGUCAUUCCACUGUUAAAUAUGCCACAAGUCUUGCAGCUGAGCUCAGCAAGCAUCGGCGUGCACGUGAAGCAAAAGAAGCGGCUGCUCUGGCAGCCAAGGGUAGAGAACCAAGAGAGCCACGGGAAUCAAAAGAAAGGACUUUGUAUCGUGAUUCUCCAUUAGAUGGAAAAGACAAUAUCAUUAUCACAAAAGUGGAAAGUGGUCAGCGUAGUGUGAAACAAGAUUAUAGGCAGCAAGAUUAUCUAAAGAAGCAGCAUGCUAUGAAAGCAUCACCAACUCCUCCACCUCCCCCACCAGGCUUACCUCCUCAAAGAAAAAACAGAGUAAUAGCACAAAUGGAGGACAAGAUUGUUGUGAAAGUUGAUAAUGCCAAAAGGGAAAUCAUUGACCUUGAUAAUUUAAAUGAUCAUCAUGACCAUGAUCACAAUCAUGAUCAUGGAUUUAAUCGUGAUGAUCGUCGUGGACAUGGUCCUGAGCGGGACCAUCGAGGAGAGGUGCUAGAUAGGCGUGGUGACAUUUCAGAUCGUAGAGGUGAUGUAUCUGAUCGUCGCGGUGAAAUACACGAUCAUCAUGGUGAUGUACCUGAUCGUCGUGGUGAGGUACCGGACCAUAGAGGUGAAGUGCCUGAACGUCGCGGAGAAGGACGUGAAAGUCGAGAUUCUAGUUAUGAUAGGCAGAUUAUCAAUCAGUACAGUGGCAGAGGUGACAGACGCAGUGCAAUAGACUUUCCUACUUUACCUCGCCUUCCUCUACCUCAGGUGUCCCCAGAAGAGGAGUAUGACAGUGAUAGCCCAUACAGUGAUAAUGCACCAACCAGCUUGCCAAAGGAGGAGGUUUACCCACGACAGAGGCGAAUCACCGACCUUCCAAUGCCCCCUAUGAUGGAUGAACCAGAGAUGGACUAUGAAGUAGACCAUGAACCAGAACCUGAGAUUAAACGCGAAACAUCAAGCUCUGGCAAGUUCAAGCGCCCAAAACUAUGUCUACAAAGAAGAAAUGAUGAGCGAUCAAAGGGUGACUGGGGAGAGCGUUGUGUGGACCUGUUUAAAACCAUAGAGAUCAUCGGGGAAGGCACAUAUGGUCUAGUGUACAAGGCCAAGGACACUUUCACUGAUGAACUAGUGGCUCUGAAGAAGGUACGUCUGGAGAAUGAGAAGGAAGGUUUCCCCAUAACUGCAGUCCGGGAAAUCAAGAUCCUGCGACAGCUGAACCAUCCAAAUAUUGUGAAUUUGAAGGAAAUUGUCACUGAUAAGCAGGAUGCUCUAGACUUCAAAAAAGAUAAAGGUGCUUUCUAUCUUGUGUUCGAGUAUAUGGACCAUGACCUAAUGGGGUUGCUGGAAUCCGGCAUGUGUAAUUUCAAAGAAGAACAUAUCGCGUCGUUUAUGAAGCAGUUGUUGGACGGUUUGAAAUAUUGUCAUAACAAGAACUUUUUACAUAGAGAUAUUAAGUGUUCAAACAUUCUACUCAAUAACAGAGGCCAGAUUAAACUGGCUGACUGGGGAUUAGCACGCUUGUACCAUGCAGAUGACAAAGACAGGCUGUACACAAACAAAGUGAUUACACUUUGGUACAGGCCGCCAGAACUCCUCCUUGGCGAGGAGAGAUAUGGGCCUGCAAUUGAUGUGUGGAGUAUAGGAUGUAUUCUAGGAGAACUGUUCACAAGGAAACCUAUAUUCCAAGCUCAGACUGAGCAAAACCAGCUUGAGCUAAUUAGCAAGACGUGUGGUUCUCCAUGUCCGGCGGUGUGGCCGGAGGUUAUCAAACUGCCACUCUUUCACACAUUCAAACCCAAAAAGCAAUAUCGCCGACGACUGAGGGAGGAAUUUUCAUUCCUGCCUAAGCAUGCUCUUGACUUAAUGGACCAGAUGUUGGAGCUGGAUCCUGGCAGGAGAGUGACAGCCGAGCAAGCCUUGGUGUGUCCUUGGCUCAGGGAUAUAGAAUGUCACAAAAUCACUCCACCUGACUUACCCAAGGACCAAGAUUGCCAUGAAAUGUGGUGCAAAAAUAGAAAGAAAAGCAUAAAAGAAGCAAAGCUCAAGGAAUUGGAGACUGGAUCAAAAAAUAUCACCCCUCAGAAGUCUAGUGUGAGUAACUACAAAUCAGGAUCAUCUUCAGGGAAAGUACACAUAGAUACAUCUAAAUCAUCGUCAGCAGAUAGUGUAGUACCAACCAAAGCUGUAACCAAGAGUUCUAACAGUGCCAGUUCUUCUCAGUCAGUUGUGUCGCAUAUGACUGGACAUUCAUCUUCAUCAGCAUCAUCUUCAUCUUCAGCCAGAAAGAAUGUGGUUCCAAUCCCUGGAAUUGACCAAUCUAUGGACAAGGCUUCUAAGGAUGGUGACAGUAAGUUGGACAUUCAUGGAAGUCAUCACAAAGGACAAAGCCAUGAUGGUGAUGAUGUUGAGGGAAGAGGUAGUAGCUCUAUCCCUGCAGUUGAUCCACAGAACCAACUCACAAAAAUGGUGUCUAUGCUGCAGCAAGGCCUGUCUGUGGACACGGUGGCCAAAAACAUGAAUAUGAAGCUUGAUGAGCAGACCAUGCAGCUGAUGGACAACCUUGGUAAACAGCUGAUGUUGGCUGCAAGCAUGGCUAAGCAUGUCACCAAGGACUCGUCAGAGGAGGUUACUGAAGAGGUCAAAGCCACAGAUACCUUACCAGGGCUUGGUCUGAGUGGAGAUGACCAGACAUCUCAAACAUACACUGAUCCAGCCAUAGGUGGGAGCUACCCAGACUACCACCAGGCAGGGGAUGGCCAGUCCAUGGACAACUAUAGAUAUCCCAUGGAGAGUGUACAGGACCCUUACCCUGCUGCAGCUUAUGGAGUCCCAGCUGAACCUGCUGCUACAGGAGACCAGGAGGGAAAUAGCAGUAAUGCUGGUGUAAAAGCAGCCCUUGCACAACUUCUGUCCCAGCAGGGUAUCAGGGUAGCUGUUGGGGGCAGUGAACUUGGCAAUAGAGGGGUAGACCCCUAUACUUCUCAGUCAGAGGGAUACUACCAUUCCGACUCGAGUGAUCAGAACUAUGGAGUCAGAAAUUUUCCAAUCAGCAGCACUGAUUCAACUGUGUCCUCUCAGCUGAUGACUGAGCAGGGAUUAAUUGACUCAUACAGGCAACAGGGGUCAAAGAUCAGAUCACCUACUACUCCUAACUUUCCAUCUACAACUUCAACAGGAAUGCAGAAACAAUAUAGUGGCUAUGGGUCUGACGAUUCUCGCAGCAGCAAUGAUGCAUACAGUCAGGGAGGAUACCCAAUAAUGGGCCAGUCCUCUAUAUCAGGGCCAACAUCAGCAAGUGCUGCAUUUGGAACGCUCAAAGGUCAAAGUCAAAGCCAGGCAAACACAGGGGUGACCCAGUCUUCUGGACCUAAGCCUUUGAUGUCACUUGGCAUUUCUGGCUAUGGUGAUGGGAGACAACAAGGUGGUGUACCUAGGAGUAUACUCAAGAAUAAACCAGCAACAACUCCAUCACUGCUUGGUCAAGGGCCUGGUAUCCCAGGAGGAUCCAACUCCGGAGGACACAGAAUGAAUCCUGGGGGCCAAAGGGGCACAUUCCCACCUGGUAGAGGAAACUGGUAAACUGAUGUAAAGUUAUUUUUGUUUUAAUGGUGUUCUUUUUGUUGGUAGAUGUAGUAAAGCAGUUGUUAAAGGUUGAAGAUUUUUCAAAUAACAAACAACACUUGCAGAAUUAUUAUUCAAGAAAAUUAUAUUAGUAUGUCUGUAUAUCAGAUUUAAAAAUACUUCUAAGAUGUUAAAAUGAAGAAUAUUUAUCCAUCUUGCAUAGUAAGUGCUUUGAUCACAAGACACUUUUAGAUAUUUUAGUUCCUGCUUUACAAAAGAAAUAUUUUAGGCAUCAAAUGUCAAAGGUUCAUGUGAAAUUUUUAUUUAAGUGUAGUAGGAUUUCUGUACUGUAUAUAUACUUUUGUAGUAACUUUUACAGCUUUUUCUUUGCAGUCAUGUCAUGACAAAUUAUCAGUUUAUAGUAAAUUUGUUUCAUUUGUCAUUUGCAGUUGGCUGUUUUAGACUUUUUUUCUUUCGAUCAAUUACUAAUCUGCAGAUCCAUUUAUUUAAAAUACUAUAAUUAUUGCUAAAAGUCAUAAACUUGAUCAUUACAAUUAUGCAAUUCAUUGGAUUCUUAAAUACUGUGAGAUGCCAUCAUUAUCAAAGUUCUAAAACUUAAAUAUGCUAAUUAUUAAUAUUUGAUUGGUUUGUUUUGUAUGUCUUCUAUAGAAUUGUAAAUAUAACCUGCUGUAUAUGUAAUAAUAAUUUUCAUCCUCGGAUCUAUGGUUUGGCGGAGUCACGGAAGACUCAUUUUGGGCAGUAGACAUGUGUCUGCAGCUUCACCAACCUUGGAAAGCUAUUCUUUCCAUCAGCAAAGAAAUCACUUGAUGUGAUGAACAUGGUUGAGACUGGAACACUUCCGUUAUUAGCAGUUUGAGAAUGAUAUUUUCCUCGAAUUGUAUGUUUCUGUUUGCUGGACAUUCUGAAGUACUUGACUCAUCUAAAGAUGCAAAACUGGGGGAAAACAUUCUGGAAGAGUUCAUGGUUGCAGUAAAGACUAUUUCACAGAAGUUAACAGUGGUUUCCCAAGUCUGUCAACAUUUAUAUUUUAUUAUUGAAUAUCAGGACUUCUGAACAUUAAGGGAAGCAAAUCUUGAUAAUGUGUAUAAAUGAUAGUGAUUAAUUAUAGUGUACAUCUGGUUUUGUUAAAAACUACGGAAAUAUAUGGAAACAUUGUAUAAUGUAUCCCACUUGCUUGGAUUGUUAAAUACAUAGUGGUAUCAUAUUAUCUUGAAAAUAACUUAUGAUCCUUCACAGAAAUAUUGAAAGUUAAUGUUAUACAUUGAAAAUAGCACAUCAUAUUUUCCAGAACAUGUACAUGUAUCAGAUCUUUUGCAAAAGUCUUGUAAAUUGAUUGACCAGAGGGUCAAUUUUCAUUAACAUGUAGGACAAGCUUGAAAGAGAGAUAUUUGUUUUAUUUUUCAGCCUUAGUUUUCACAAUAUACAUAAUUCACAUGUCACUUGAUCAUGCAAUAUGUUAAUUUCUAAGUGUUCAUACCAAAAAGAAAAAAAUAUUGAGAACAUAUGUAGUGUUUAGGCAGGUCAAUAACAAUGUGAUGGACAGGCAUUAAGAUAAUUUUGAUGAUUUAUUCGUCAGAGAUGAAAUUUCUUUCUUAGUGAUUUUUUUUCUGAAAUGGUUUAUUUUAAUGUCGGCUGUAAAAAUAGCAGGAAAAAAAAUCCUAGCACUGUUUUGUAGGUUUAUUCAAGUUUUCAGAUUGUUUCUUAUAAACAGGUUAAUUCAACAAAUGCAUGUUUCAGGUGCAACAUGUAGUUCCCUUGGACUGCAAAUCUUUGAUAUGAAUAAUUUUUGUGGAUAUGGUGAAUAAAUGCUUUCCCUUCAA